AUGUCCCCAUUUGAUCUUCUGUCUGAAGGGUUGGCCCAAAUCCAAUCUACAGUGCGCUCAACCCUUUAUAACACAUUUGGAAAUGAAAGGUAUGAAGAAACUGGAUAUGAAGAUGAUGAACGUCCCAUACCGGCACCAGAUAUUGGUUUGCUAUCUGUACAUUGGACCAAAAAGUAUUCCUCGGAUUCCCCCCCUCCCUCGCCCAACGAUUCCGAAGGAACACCAGCACCCACGGUGGCACAACUUGAUCUAAAGUUCCCAUCAGGUUCAUCUAACUACCGGAUCCAAUAUCACAGAUACGGAGGAAAACAAGUGACAUACAAAAUCACGGCUACCCUGACCACCAAACUGUCUGCUCUGGAUCCAGCUCAAAGGCAAAUCGAACCGAUGUCAGAUGCGUCCAAGAAGGAGAGCUGUCCAGAUGAUUCGGGAAUGAUGACUCCUGAGUUUGACCGGAGCAGUCCGCCACAAUCGUCGGAUGAAGUGUUACAAGACAAGGGAUCAGUGGUUGAUGCAAAUGAUGACACCAGAUUGAAUGAAAGGAGUGAAGGGGAAGACAAGGAAAGGAGUGAUGGUGAAGAUGCUAAAGAUGACUAUCCGGAUUGGACCAAAUCUAACUCGGUAUGGCCCGAUCAGGAUGUGAAUAGGACACGGUUCUCCGUGGAGGUGUCUAUGACUUUGAAUGACAGUGAUGAUAGCAGUGACAGGAAUGGCGGACGAUUUGAAGGGUGGCAAUAUGAGGAUGGGGAUGUCAGAUACAUUUCUGGUAGUUUCAAGACAGGAGAAUACGAUGAGGAAUAA